UAAAGAUGACGUACAAGGGCAGUCAACAUUCAUUGCAAUGCCGAGCUUCCACGACACACCACACACACACGGUGCACAAUUCCACCAGACGGGCAGACAACAAGGUGAAGCAUUUAGAAGGAGAUGUGAGGAGCUUACAGAGGCGUCAAGUCCUCACGUGUCCUCACUCGACCAGCUGAGGAGGCGGUCAGAUGAAUAUUUACAUUGCUUUAUGAAAAUCAGGAGAAAGUCCCAUCAGAAAAUUUGAUAUUGUGGCAAAGUGUCAUUUGGUCUCAUGAAAAAACCGUCUCGCUUCCACUUUGACAAACCCGAGAACUACAUCAGCAUGUAUCACCAGGAAGGCAGCGACAUGCUCUACGUGGGCGGCCAAGCCAUCAUCUACGUGCUCACCUUUAGCAACCGAGGCGUACGCGACGUGCAGAUCCCGGCACCGUCGGACCAGACCGCCAUCGACACCUGCAAGGCCAAGGCGGCGCCUCUUGAGCUGGAGUGCGACAACUUCAUCACGGUCAUUGAGAAAGUCGACGACACCUUCAUCGUGUGCGGGACAAUGCCCGGCAGUCCCCGCUGCUGGAUGCUGGUUAACGACACAGUGCUGACCGACAUCCAGGGCGUGGGGCCCAUCGGGUCGCCCGCCGACAUCUCCCCGCCGUACCCUUCGCAGAAGUCCAUCACCCUGCCCGCAGAUGGGAGCCUGUAUUCGGCCAUGUCGGCGGUGGGCGGUCACGUCGGCUCCAUACGUCGGACCUUUGGGCCCCAGAAGCUCCUGAAGACGGAAAAUGUUUGGUUGCUGAGUAAGUUUGCCGGAGCCGCCAUCAUCCCGUCUUCCUCAUACAAGGAGGAGAAUCUAUUUUUCUUCAGCGAGAUCAACAAGACCGUCCCGAGUGGACUAGGAGCCUUACCGGCCCGCAUCGGACGUAUCUGCACGGUGGACGAGGGCGUCAAACACCUGCUGGCCGACUCGUGGACCACCUUCAUGAAGGCGCGGGUCAUGUGCGGUGCCGGAGACACUCAGCAGCAGUACACAGCAUGAGCAGCGGGUGUUCUGGACCGCACAGACAAGCGGGCCGGCGUAAUGUACGGCCUCUUUUCCAACGCCUGGUGAGGGCAGAACCGGAUCUGCGCCUUCAUAGAAGACAUCGACCAGGCCUUCUCCACGUCCAAGCUGAAAGGCUACAGCAACUCCUUCAUUGGAAAUCGACCCGGCAUGUGCAUUCGAAAGAAUUCCUCGGCAGCCAGCCAGAAUGACCUGAAAAACCUGGGCGUGAUCCGAUAUCACCCGGAAAUCGAAGACGUGAUCCGGCCGGUGGGCGUGGCCCCGCUGGACCUGCCGACGGACGACCAAAUCACGCACACCGUCGCCGACAUCGCCCUGGCCGUCAACGAUGAGCACUACAGUGUUCUUUACCUUGGAACAGAACAAGGAAAGGUCCUCAAAGUUCUUCAUAGCAGCGAAGGGGUGUUUAUCAUCUCCCAGUACUCCAUGUUCCGCAACGAGGGGCCUGUCCUCAACAUGGCCAUCAACCCCCAAAAGGGUCACUUGUACGUCGCCACGGCGAUGGAGGUCCAGCGACUGCCGCUGGCCGACUGCGGUCGCUAUGGCGACACGUGCCGCGAAUGCAUCCUCUCCCGGGAUCCGUAUUGCGGCUGGGACAAGGCCAGGAGGAGGUGCAUUGCCAUCCCGCCGGGAUAUAACGUCACGUCUGGGUCGCUGAUUCAGAAUCUGGACCAAUCCAAUUCGUCGGUUUGCGGGGAGGCUGCUGCCCUCAAGCUGCGUCGCACCUCCCCCAAAGAAGUGUUGGUGCCUUCCAACACCUCCAUCUUCCUGCCCUGCCCGGUGCGUUCCUUCCACGCCACCUACCGCUGGGAGAAGGACAACUGCGUCAAGAACUACCCCUGCCUCUUCUCCGGCGACUUCUGCGUCCUGGGGCCGGCGCUGGACACGCCCCUGAGGGACGGCGUCUUCCGUUGCAUGGCCACCGAGGACGGCUUCAAGGUGGAGGUCAUCUCGUUCAAGGUGGUCAACCACGGCCGGCUGCUGGCCAAGACCGUCGGGCCGUCGCUGCUGCUGGCCGUGGCCGCCGUUUGGCUUCAUUAACCGUGGCUAGCGCUAACCACGUAUCCUGAAUGACUCCCAGUAACAGGAUAUACGGGAGGUUUGGCUCACAAAACAUCACGCAUGGUAGUUUUGUUUCAUUUGGAUGAUGAGAAGGUCCUUUGGGGAAAAUGUAUCUUUGUAAGGAAUCCUUGGACCGAAAAAGUCGGGGAACCCCAUUUGGUCACAUUAGAAUCAGUACCCAAAACUCCAACAUGGAAUUUGUCUUCCAUCUUCAAACGAUACUUAAUCCAGGGUCACCAUUUGUGACAUCAUCUAAAAUUCAGCUUUUUGCUAAUGACUUGCAGAUUUUAAUCGCUAUGUGGUCCCACCUACAUUUAGUACCAGCGCCGAUGAUGACUCUUUGUGAACCAUCCCUCUCGCACUAACUAAACAUAUCCGACGGGUUGAAAAACAAAAACAUCGAUGCCAGCCGAUUCUUUAAUGAUGGUUUCUUUGGAUAUUUUGACUUAGAUUGUGCUUCUUUGUGGAUAUGUGAAGCUUUACGACUGCUCUUAUAUCAGACAUCUUGCAUCACAUCUCAUUGGUAGUUUUCAAGAAAAAAAGAUUUUUAAAGCCUUAAUACUUCUGGGACAUCAACUCCUAAGCACAAUUUUGCAGUCUGUGCAAAUAGAGUGCGAUCGCUGGGACUCGGGCAACAUCGCUGGGAGGAAGAGUCAUCUAUUUUUUGGACAGGAAGUCACGAGGAUGAGCGAGAGCUCGUUGCCGAC